AUGGAGAGUGUCUCCGCGAGCCGAGGGAGAGUUCUCUGCAAGGGUGGCUUGAACCCUGUGCAAGUCACUCUUCCAGCAACGCAAACCUGCACAUCCCAAUUGGAGCCAGACGACUGGUCCGAGAGUGGAUCACACCCCACUCGAAUCGCAGAAACGCUGGCAGACUUUAAACGAGCCACCCUGUUGAGCCGAGCGUCUGACUGGCUCGGUCGGCAUGACUCUGGACUCUGUUCCCGUUUAGCUCAGAGGGUGCGUUACCCCGGUUUGCCCGCGAAAUCCCUGAUCCGGGCGGGCAGGAAGCACGGCCAUGGUCAAAUUCCAUGGGAAGACUUGCCCCCGGUCUCGAUGGACCUGCCUCGGUCGGCCAGAGGCAGGACCGUCGAGACCGGGGUUUUGUAG